UAUAUCGCGCCAGAAUCAAAGCACUCGAAACAGAGAUCUCAUCGUUUAAAUUUCACAACUUCGUUAUGGUUUUUGUAAAAGAUUUAAGGAAAGAAUUUUAUGAAAAGAUUCAACAUCAGAGAGUUUUGGUGCUGGUUUCCUUUGAUGUUGAUGCCUUAUGUGCGUGUAAGAUACUUCAGUAUUUAUUCCAAUGUGAUCAUGUGCUGUAUACUAUAGUCCCAGUGUCAGGAAAACAGGAAUUAGAAAAUGCAUAUGUUGAAAAUUCUGAAGGGAUUAAGCAUGUGGUUAUGAUAGGCUGUGGUGGUAAUAUAGAUGUUGUGGAAACUCUGCAGCCAGAAAAUGGAACUGUUUUUUACAUUAGUGACAGCCACCGUCCCAUUGAUGUGACUAAUGUUUUCAAUCAAGUGCAAGUAAAACUUCUUAUGAACCAAGCAGAUGAUGAUCUUCAUGAUAUCCCAGACUUUGAUGAAGUGUUCAGAGAGGAUGAGUCUGGUGAUGAAGAUUCAGGCAAUGAGAGCGACACAUCAGAACCUUCUGGAAAAAGGCGUAGGUUUGAUGAGGCUGCACUGGAGAAAAGGCGAGAACGGAGGCUUUGGGAGGAGAAAAAAAAACAAAUACUUUUUGAGUAUACGCAGUUUUCAAAAUAUGGAACAUCGGUUUCAAAAACAAUGUUUGAGCUUGCGUGGAAAAUGUCAAAAGAUACAAAUGACUUAGUGUGGCUGGCAUGUGUGGGGGUGACAGACCAGUAUGCCCAUGGGAAGAUAGACAGAGAAAAGUACAUUGAAAUGGUAUCAGAUUUACAGAUGCAUGUCUCCAGACACAACCACAGCCUACUGAAGCCACUAGGGGGUAAUUAUCAUUUAGCUGCUUUAGACAAAGACAAGAGUGCCUCAGAUACAUUCCUUGAUGCUUUAGAUGCUCUGAACAGGUCCAAUGUUCAGUACAUGGAAAAAGGACUGAAUCUAGCCAAGAAGCAGAUCACAGCAAUAGUCAAACAAGUACAGUCUUUCCUGGACAUGAAUCAAGUUAUUUCAGCUGGACCAUUUCUUUAUGCUUUUAUUCAGGAGGGUACCCCUGAUGCCAAGUUUUUUUCCAAGCCAAUCUGUCUCCAAACUUUGGCCAGGUUCACACUGGAAGCCUACUGUGCAGUGAGUAAAAGUAGAAAAGCUAAGACUCUUCCUCUUAUCUUGGGUGCCCCAUUAGAUGUAGCAAGCGGGACUAUGCUUAUUGUGGGGAUACCACCCUUCAGCAGCAAGGAUGUGGGGAAAAAUUUCUUUGGCAAGGCAUUUGAACAGGCAGCAGUUGGAACAAAUGCAAGAACUCUUCAGGACAGUUUUGAUGAACCAGUAAUGCAGAUGAAAACAGAGGACAAAAGCAAGUUUUUUGAUGCCCUCAUAUCCAUUCUCCAAUAGAAGCCAUACUUGUCAGAGUCAUUAGCUAUAUCAAGGGUACAUUUUAUAACUUAUUUCAUUUAACUGGACAGAGAAGUUACAUUUGUCAUUGAUUAAGGUGGCACAUGCUAAGGCCUGAGGUGGAGGACACGGGAGGCCCCAGUGGUCACAGAACACCAAAACUGGUGGCCCCCAGGAUAGUUCUAGAUGAUAUAUUUUCAAACUGUUGACAUGUGUAAUACAUAAAUCACCAGGGUUGACUGCAUUCAUUCAAGUGAGACUUACACCAGUGCUGAUGAUGGGCAUCUUCCUGACACGUGUGCAUGCUGGUGACACAUUCCAGCAUGGGCAUCAUUUGUCAUAUUGAUAUAUCAGUGCAGGUGGCAUUCAUAACUACUUUGGUUACCCAGCUCAGGCUGGUGGUGCAGAUUGAGAUAAUCUUGAUGGAAAUAUAAACCUCUUAAAGCUGUGGAAAAGUUUUAUAUAGCACAACGAGGAGUGCAACUUGGAACUAUCAUAUUGAAAGAUAAUGCAAUUUGUUAAUAAUUUUAUUCAUUGUUUAUAUACUUGUACAUUUUACAUAAUUAUGCAUCACAGAUUUUAUUCCAU